UUUUUUUUUUUUUGAGAUGGAGUCUCACUCUUUUGCCCAGGCUGGAGUGCAGUAGUGCGAUCUCGGCUCACUGCAACCUCUGCUUCCUGGGUUCAAGUUAUUCUCCUGCCUCAGUCUCCCGAGUAGCUGGGAUUACAGGCGUGUGCCACUGUGCCCGGCUAAUUUUUGUAUUUUUAGUGGGGAUGGGGUUUCACCAUGUUAGCCAGGUUGGUCUCUAACUACUGACCUCAAGUGAUCUGCCUCCCUUGGCCUCCCAAGGGAUUACAGGUGCCGGGAUUACAGGUGUGAGCCAUGAUCAUGCCCGGCCUCAAAUCUUCAAGGAAUUUUCUUUUCCACUAAAAUCUUGAUGGCCAACCCAUAUCCUGCUUGCAUUCAGAUUAUUAUUUUUAGUUUGAGUAUAGAGAAGGAAAAUGAUGUGCAGAUUGCCAGGGUGAAAAGGAAGGAAACAGAAAGAAGGAAACUUACAGUAUUUAAACAUGUAGUAUGUGCUAAGUUCUGCAUUGUGUGCUUUUACGUGUGUUACCUAAUUCGACUCUCAAAGCCUUCAAUGCAAGGUUGAUAUUAUUGUGUUGAAUCAAUGCAAGGUUUAUAUUAUUACCCCAGUUUUAUAGAUGGAGAAACUGAGGCUCAAAAAAGCUAAAAACUUUGCUCCAGGUAGCACACCUAUUAAGUGAUGAGCUAGAUUUCUUAAACCGGGGACUACCUGAUACCAAAUUCCUGACUCUUUAUGUUAUGAUGGUUGCUUCGUGAGAUGGAUAUGCUUCUAAAAUAGUAAGGACAAAAAUAUGAAUUCAAUGCACAUCCGCGUAGAUUAUAACAAAUAUCUGAAGCACAAGAAUAAGUUAUACAGACAAUAUGGAAAACAGACCUACAAUAUUCAAUGCCUGAGCAUGUAAUUGGACGAAUAGAAUACAGAAUGAACAUUUGGUUCUCUGGCAGGGCUCAUGUACGGUAUGACAUAGAGCAGCUGUCCCCAGAGAAAGUUCUUUGUUUCUAGACUGGUACUACACAAGCAGCAUUUGAGCAAUUCAGGAUUUCUUUCUGCUUUCACUAUAAAUAGAGCUCAUGGAAUUCUGUAUAUCAAAGUUAAUGCAAUGAAAAGGAGCUGCAGAGUAUAGAAAUAAACCUUAACUCAUUCUAUAAACUAGAAGCAUGUUUGGCAUCGGGAGGCCCUAAAAACGCUGUCAUUCCUUGGAUGGAUUCUGAGGUCUUAUUUAGCAUAUGAAAUUGCAGAGUAGAUCCUAUUAUGUAAGGAGACAGGAGGACAGCAUAAUGUGGUUACAAAAUGAAGAACUUUGUGCCCUUCAGGGAAGAGUUAACAGGGCAGAUAUACAUAGAGAAAGAUGUGUGAUAAGAAUGUGGUAAAUGAAUGAAUGGGUGGCAUGUAUCUGUGUGUAUUGCCGAAGCCGGGUUGCUGGAUAAUCCUCAGAUGUCAGAUUUCCGUAAGGCCAACAUGUGACUCAAAGCUUGCCACUCAACAGAGAAUACUGGGCUGUGCUGGUAUUAAGAGGCUGGCUGGAAGCUAGGCUCCCACUGUGCACUAGCCUAACUCCCUGUCGCUCUCUGCGUGUGGGUGGGUGUGCAUGUGUGUGUGUGUGAGGGUAUACAUUUUAUGCAGUGGGUGUUUAAAGAGCUAAGCACUGAAGCUGGAUUUCCACAAACGAUCAUCACGAGCACUCCAGACACACCAAACUUCCUCUCUUGGAUGGAGGAUGAAGCUGUCCUGGACAGAGGGGCUUCCUUCCUCAAGCACGUGUGUGAUGAAGAAGAAGUAGAAGGCCACCAUACUAUUUACAUCGGAGUCCAUGUGCCGAAGAGUUACAGGAGAAGGAGACGUCACAAGAGAAAGGCAGGCCACAAAGAAAAGAAGGAAAAGGAGAGAAUCUCUGAGAACUACUCUGACAAAUCAGAUAUUGAAAAUGCUGAUGAAUCCAGCAGCAGCAUCCUAAAACCUCUCAUCUCUCCUGCUGCAGAACGCAUCCGAUUCAUCUUGGGAGAGGAGGAUGACAGCCCAGCUCCCCCUCAGCUCUUCACGGAACUGGAUGAGCUGCUGGCCGUGGAUGGGCAGGAGAUGGAGUGGAAGGAAACAGCCAGGUGGAUCAAGUUUGAAGAAAAAGUGGAACAGGGUGGGGAAAGAUGGAGCAAGCCCCAUGUGGCUACGUUGUCCCUUCAUAGUUUAUUUGAGCUGAGGACAUGUAUGGAGAAAGGAUCCAUCAUGCUUGAUCGGGAGGCUUCUUCUCUCCCACAGUUGGUGGAGAUGAUCGUUGACCAUCAGAUUGAGACAGGCCUAUUGAAACCUGAACUUAAGGAUAAGGUGACCUAUACUUUGCUCCGGAAGCACCGGCAUCAAACCAAGAAAUCCAACCUUCGGUCCCUGGCUGACAUUGGGAAGACAGUCUCCAGUGCAAGUAGGAUGUUUACCAACCCUGAUAAUGCCCGCAGCCCGCUUGAGAACUCAGUGCCCUGCCUAGCAACCCGCACCUUGGAUGAUGACCCCCGAGUGCGGCGCACUCCCAGCGUGGGAUGGCUAAGUAGCCCAGCCAUGACCCAUAGGAAUCUGACUUCCUCCAGUCUGAAUGAUAUUUCUGAUAAACCAGAGAAGGACCAGCUGAAGAAUAAGUUCAUGAAAAAAUUGCCACGUGAUGCAGAAGCUUCCAACGUGCUUGUUGGGGAGGUUGACUUUUUGGAUACUCCUUUCAUUGCCUUUGUUAGGCUACAGCAGGCUGUCAUGCUGGGUGCCCUGACUGAAGUUCCUGUGCCCACAAGGUUCUUGUUCAUUCUCUUAGGUCCUAAGGGGAAAGCCAAGUCCUACCAUGAGAUUGGCAGAGCCAUUGCCACCCUGAUGUCUGAUGAGGUGUUCCAUGACAUUGCUUAUAAAGCAAAAGACAGGCACGACCUGAUUGCUGGUAUUGAUGAGUUCCUAGAUGAAGUCAUUGUCCUUCCACCUGGGGAAUGGGAUCCAGCAAUUAGGAUAGAGCCUCCUAAGAGUCUUCCAUCCUCUGACAAAAGAAAGAAUAUGUACUCAGGUGGAGAGAAUGUUCAGAUGAAUGGGGAUACACCCCAUGAUGGAGGACACGGAGGAGGAGGACAUGGGGAUUGUGAAGAACUGCAGCGAACUGGACGGUUCUGUGGUGGACUAAUUAAAGACAUAAAGAGGAAAGCGCCAUUUUUUGCCAGUGAUUUUUAUGAUGCUUUAAAUAUUCAAGCUCUUUCGGCAAUUCUCUUCAUUUAUCUGGCAACUGUAACUAAUGCUAUCACUUUUGGAGGACUGCUUGGGGAUGCCACUGACAACAUGCAGGGCGUGUUGGAGAGUUUCCUAGGCACUGCUGUCUCUGGAGCCAUCUUUUGCCUUUUUGCUGGUCAACCACUCACUAUUCUGAGCAGCACUGGACCUGUCCUAGUUUUUGAGAGGCUUCUAUUUAAUUUCAGCAAGGACAAUGAUUUUGACUAUUUGGAGUUUCGCCUUUGGAUUGGCCUGUGGUCCGCCUUCCUGUGUCUCAUUUUGGUAGCCACUGAUGCCAGCUUCUUGGUUCAAUACUUCACACGUUUCACGGAGGAGGGCUUUUCUUCUCUGAUUAGCUUCAUCUUUAUCUAUGAUGCUUUCAAGAAGAUGAUCAAGCUUGCAGAUUACUACCCCAUCAACUCCAACUUCAAAGUGGGCUACAACACUCUCUUUUCCUGUGCCUGUGUGCCACCUGACCCAGCUAAUAUCUCAAUAUCUAAUGACACCACACUGGCCCCAGAGUAUUCGCCAACUAUUUCUUCUACUGACAUGUACCAUAAUACUACCUUUGACUGGGCAUUUUUGUCGAAGAAGGAGUGUUUGAAACAUGGAGGAAACCUCGUGGGGAACAACUGUAAUUUUGUUCCUGAUAUUACACUCAUGUCUUUUAUCCUCUUCUUGGGAACCUACACCUCUUCCAUGGCUCUGAAAAAAUUCAAAACUAGUCCUUAUUUUCCAACCACAGCAAGAAAACUGAUCAGUGAUUUUGCCAUUAUCUUGUCCAUUCUCAUCUUUUGUGUAAUAGAUGCCCUGGUAGGCGUGGACACUCCAAAACUAAUUGUGCCAAGUGAGUUCAAGCCAACAAGUCCAAACCGAGGUUGGUUUGUUCCACCGUUUGGAGAAAACCCCUGGUGGGUGUGCCUUGCCGCUGCUAUCCCAGCUUUGUUGGUCACUAUACUGAUUUUCAUGGACCAACAAAUUACAGCUGUGAUUGUAAACAGAAAAGAACAUAAACUCAAGAAAGGAGCAGGGUAUCACUUGGAUCUCUUUUGGGUGGCCAUCCUCAUGGUGAUAUGCUCCCUCAUGGCUCUUCCGUGGUAUGUAGCUGCUACAGUCAUCUCCAUUGCUCACAUCGACAGUUUGAAGAUGGAGACAGAGACUUCUGCGCCUGGAGAACAACCAAAGUUUCUAGGAGUGAGGGAACAAAGAGUCACUGGAACCCUUGUGUUUAUUCUGACUGGUCUGUCAGUCUUUAUGGCUCCCAUCUUGAAGUUUAUACCCAUGCCUGUACUCUAUGGUGUGUUCCUGUAUAUGGGAGUAGCAUCCCUUAAUGGUGUGCAGUUCAUGGAUCGUCUGAAGCUGCUUCUGAUGCCUCUGAAGCAUCAGCCUGACUUUAUCUACCUGCGUCAUGUUCCCCUGCGCAGAGUCCACCUGUUCACUUUCCUGCAGGUGUUGUGUCUGGCCCUGCUUUGGAUCCUCAAGUCAACGGUGGCUGCUAUCAUUUUUCCAGUAAUGAUCUUGGCACUUGUAGCUGUCAGAAAAGGCAUGGACUACCUCUUCUCCCAGCACGACCUCAGCUUCCUCGAUGAUGUCAUUCCAGAAAAGGACAAGAAAAAGAAAGAGGAUGAGAAGAAAAAGAAAAAGAAGAAGGGAAGUCUGGACAGUGACAAUGAUGAUUCUGACUGCCCAUACUCAGAAAAAGUUCCAAGUAUUAAAAUUCCAAUGGACAUCAUGGAACAGCAACCUUUCCUAAGCGAUAGCAAACCUUCUGACAGAGAAAGAUCACCAACAUUCCUUGAACGCCACACAUCAUGCUGAUAAAAUUCCUUUCCUUCAGUCGCUCGGUAUGCCAAGUCCUCCUAGAACUCCAGUAAAAGUUGUGCCUCAAAUUAGAAUAGAACUUGAGCCUGAAGACAAUGAUUAUUUCUGGAGGAGCAAGGGAACAGAAACUACAUUGUAACCUGUUCGUCUUUCUUAAAACUGACAUUUGUUGUUAAUGUCGUUGGUUUUUGUUUGGCUGUUUGUUUAUUUUUUAACUUUUAUUUUGUCUCAGUUUUUGGUCACAGGCCAAAUAAUACAGCGCUCUCUCUGCUUCUCUCUUGCAUAGAUACAAUCAAGACAAUAGUGCACCGUUCCUUAAAAACAGCAUCUGAGUAAUACCCCUUUUGUUCUUAAACUUUCAGAUGUGUCCUCUGAUAACCAAAUUCUUCUGUCACUCAAGACACAGACACACACAGACCCUGCCCUUUGCCUCUAUUAAGCAGAGGAUGCAAGUAUUAAGGAUUUUAUAACAUGAAAAUAUUGAAGGAACUUUAUUCAAACUUUAGCUUUGGGGCUGUGCUUACUGGCUUGUCUUUGUCUGGUAGAACAAACCUUGACCUCCAGACAGAGUCCCUUCUCAUUUAUAGAGCUCUCCGGGACUGGAAAAAGUGCUGCUAUUUUAACUUGCUCUUGCUUGUAAACCCUAAUCUUAGAGUUAUCAAAAGAAGAGAAACCUGAAGGUACUUUACUCCCUAUAGAGAAACCAUUGCCAUCAUUGUAGCAAGUGCUGGAAUGUCCCUUUUUUCCUAUGCAACUUUUUUUAACCCUUUAAUGAACUUAUCUGUUGAGUACAUUGAAGAAUAUUUUUCUUCCUAGAUUUUGUUGUUUAAAUUAUGGGGCCUAACCUGCAACUUAUUUUUUGUCAAUUUUUAAAACUUUUUUUUAAUUACUGUAAAGAAAAUGAAUUUUUUCCUGCAGCAGGAAACAUAGUUUUGAGUAGUUCUACCUCUUAUUUGUAGCUGCCAGGCUUUCUGUAAAAAUUGUAUUGUAUAUAAUGUGAUUUUUACACAUACAUACACACACAAAUACACAAUCUCUAGGGUAAGCCAGAAGGCAAGAUCAGAUUAAAAGCACCAUGUUUCUAAGCAUCAAUUUUUCCCUUUCUUUAAAAGAAACUUAACUGUUCUAUGAAGGAGAUUGAGGGAGAAGAGACAAACUCCUAUGUCAUGAGAAGAACCGACGUUCUGAUAAUAGUAGCAUCUGGGUGCAGAUGCUGAUUGUAUGACCACGUCAAUGUCCUAUGCAGUAUUGUUAGACAUUUUCUCAUUUUGAAAUAUUUGUGUGUUUGUGUAUGUGCUCUGUGCCAUGGUUGGUGCAUAUAUGUGCAAUGUUAGAAAGCAAAAGAGUGACAGUAGGCAGAGGGCAAAGUCAUUGAGUCUCUUGUGCCAGUUUUCAUAAAACCCAAACCACAUAUGAAAAAAUCCAUUAAGGGUCCAAGAAGUCUGUCCAUAUGAAAAUGAGAGCAAAUAUCGUUUAUUUCCCAGAUAUCAGUCAUUAUAAUUGAUAUAAUAGCUCAUACAUGCAAUAUAAAAUUCAUAGGAGUAUUAAUAGCCCAUUUACAUGUCUAUAAAAUGUAAUGGGAUUACAGAGCUGCAGAGUACAGUGUAACGGUACUCUCAUGCACUUUUUUCAGGAUGCAAAGGCAAUUAUUCUUUGUAAGUGGGACUUUUAGAACAUAUUAGUGUACAUAUUAUAUGUAUGUAUAUUUCAAAGUACCACACUGAAAAUUAGACAUUUAUUAACCAAAUUCAACAUGGUAUUUAAAGGUUGUUUUUAAUAUGAUACAUUACAUAUUGUGAAUGUAUAUUAAAAAACAUUUUAAAUGUUAAAAUUAUAAUUUUGGAUUCAUAUAACCACAACUGUGAUAUGUCCUAACUAUAACCAGUUGUUGAGGGUUAUACUGGAAGCAGAAUGAAACCACAUUUUUUGGUUUGAUAAUAUGUACUUAUUGAUUCCCACUCAUUGUUAUGUUACUUAAAUUAUUAUUCUGUCUCCUUGUAAUUUUGAUUACAAAAAUGUUAUUAUCCUGAGUUAGUUGUUACUUUUACAGUACCUGAUACUCCUGAAACUUUUAAUUUAUACAAAUUAGACAAUAAUGACCACAAUUUUUUCAUUAAAAUAAUAGUGGCAAAUUAUUUGUUAUUGUGUUGAAACCUCACCUGCCAAAUUCUGGCUUCAUAUUUGUAUUUAGGGCUAUCCUUAAAAUGAUUAUUCUGUAUUAUGUAGCUUUCUAUUACCCUAAUAUAAACCAGUAUAAGAAGACUUUCCCUUUUUCUUUACUCACGGAAGCAUCAAUAAAUUGUUUAAAAACCAUGUAUAGUUUCAGCUUAACCUGUGAUCUUGUUAAGUUAAAGGUACUUUUGUUUACUUUUAUAAAAGCUCUAGCUAAAACAUUUUUUUUCUGAUCAUGAAUCAAGUAUCUGUGGUUCAUGCCCGUUUCUAUACCUAUCAAAGAAUUCCUGAAGCAACUAAACUCAUCAUGUCAGCCUGUGAGUAGAGGUGAAACCUAUGUGUACCUCUGUUUAUGAUCCAUAUUGAUAUUUAUGACAUGAACACAGAAUAGUACCUUACAUUUGCUAAAUAAACAGUUAAUAUCAAAUCCUUUCAAUAUUCUGAGAACCCAGGGAAGUGUUUAAAAAUGUCAUUACUUUCAAAGGAACAGAAGUAGUUAACCAAACUAACAAGCAAAACCUGAGCUUUACCUAGUAACACCAAAUUAUCCGUAUCUUAGCUAAAUUUACCCAUUGCCUAAGAAUGAACCAGAUUUGGUGGUGGUUUUGUUUCUAUGCAAACUGGACACAAAUUACAACAGUACAUUUUUUUAUAAGUGUUUCUCCCUUUUCUCCAUAAUGUGACUUACGGAGAUAAAGGAUGCAAAAGACAAAGACAAAGUCCGCUUAGAGUUGUUAACCAGAAAGUCCUGGCUGUGGUUGCAGAAACACUGUUGGAAGAAAAGAUGACUAAGUCAAGCGUCUGCCUUAUCAAAAGAGCAAAAAUGCGUCUGGUUUUGUGUUUGGGAGAAAAAUAUCUUGGACACACUGUUUUCCUUGAUAAAAGUCAUCUUCUCUACUGUGUGAAAUGAAUACUUGGAAUUCUAAUUGUUUUGUGUGCCAGGGGCAGUAAUGUCCCUGCCUCUUCUCCCAAUCAAGGUUGAGGAGUGGGGCUGGGGAGAGGACUUAACUGACUUAAGAAGUAGGAAAACAAAAACCUCUCUCCUCAGCCUUCCACCUCCAAGAGAGGAGGAAAAACAGUUGUCUGCUGUCUGUAAUUCAGUUUGCGUGUAUUUUAUGCUCAUGCACCAACCCAUACAGAGUAAAUCUUUUAUCAACUAUAUACUGGUGUUUAAUAGAGAAUGAUUGUCUUCCGAGUUUUUUGGUUCCUUUUUUAACUGUGUUAAAGUACUUGAAAUGUAUUGACUGCUGACUAUAUUUUAAAAACAAAAUGAAAUAAUUUGAGUUGUAUUACAGAGGUUGACAUUGUUCAGGGAUGGGACAAAGCCUUCUUCAAUCCUUUUCAUACUACUUAAUGAUUUUGGUGCAGGAACCUGAGAUUUUCUGAUUUAUAUUUCAUGAUAUUUCACAUCUGCUCUUCACAGCAUGAGCAUGAAGCCCAGUGGCACUAAGUGGCUGGGUACAAUCAAGUGAUAUUUUGUAGCACUUCACUAUCUGAAAGGCCAUGAGUUUUCAGAUGAUUUCAUUGAGCUUCAUUGCAGCCUAAAAUUUUAAAAAAGUUUUGUAAUAUGCUAACCAGUCAAGUUGUGUUUUGACGAGAGAUUUAGAUAUGUCCAAUUUCCUGGCUCAUUUCAUUGUGCUCUAUGGGUAUGUAUAAAAAGCAAGAAUUCUGUUUCCUAGGCAAAUAUAGCAACUCAGGGCUAAAGUCAUCCAGUGAAACUUUUAGAGCCAGAAGUAACUUUGUCCCAGUCCUACAAUGUGAAAAGAGUGAAUAGUUGCCUCUUUUUAGCCAUUUUCAUGGCUGGUACAUAUUCGUACACAUUACUUUUCAGAAUCAAUACGCACUUUCAGAUAUUCUUAUUUUUAUUCUCUUAAGUCUUUAUUAACUUUGGAGAGAGAAAUGAUGCAUCUUUUUAUUUUAAAUGAAGUAGAUCAACAUGGUGGAACAAAAUGAUAAAGAACAGAAAACAUUUCAAUAUAUUACUAAUAACUUUUUCCAAUAUAAAUCCUAAAAUUCCUAUAACAUAGUAUUUUACAGUUUUAUGAAGCUUUCUAUUGUGACUUUUAUGGAAUUAAGAGAUGAAGAAGAUGAGAUAUUUUAGCAUUUAUAUUUUUCAAAAUUAUAUGUAUACUUAAAAUAAAGUAACUUUAUGCAUUUA